AUGCGUACUGUAAAUGCUCUCUCCCAUAGCCUUUCGGCAGUCGUGCAAUCCGGCUGGAAAGCCUCUUCAGAUAAACCCACCAAGAAGUCAUCGCAGUUUACAAAUGUGUCUGCGUCCAUUUCAUCUGCCACCAAAGCAUUGACCAAGCUACGCCUCAUUUGUUCCGAUGACAUCGAUGUGGAAAGAGCGGCCUCAAGCGUAGUAGGGAAACUGAUUGCCGUAGAAAUGUACGAUGCUGCUCGCAGUAUUCUUGCAGACAUGCACCCUCGUCUUGUUGCACGAUGCUCUACUUCUCCACCUGCCGAACGUAGUCCGUUAUCGUUGAAGAAGGAAUCUCAAUAUAUGCGACUUCUCUGCCUUCCCUUGCCUUCCGAAUCAUCUUCAUUGGCAACUGAUGCUGUUGCACAAACUCUAAUAUCUACUUAUCUAUUACAUGUCCUCACAGUCCUCGCUCAUUUUGCCAGCUCGUUAAUGGGGGGUGAAUUAGAUGCAUUUAGCACCUCGCUCUAUGGAUUACCGACGCUUCUCACAUGGAUACCCCACUUACAUACCCUUUCGGAGAAGCAUAAAGACGUCACUCUCACAAGGGCUUAUACCGCACUCAAUAAACCAUUUUCCUUGAAGACCAAGCCUCCGAGGUCGAUUUUUCUGAUAAGAAUGUACGGUUUGCGAUGUCUUGUCCACACGAGCCCCGGAACAAUUCAAAGAACCACAUUUUGGGACCAAGUCCAAAAAGCUUCCACAUCUUUUCUCAAAUCUUCUCCCUCAGACGACGAAUGUGAAUUAGCUAGGUUUAUAGCAAAUACUCUAGACGAGCUUGUUCUAAAUGCGAAACCACACAUAUCCUUCUUCGACGGGUCUGCAUUUGUUAAAUUUUGCGAGCUUUGGAUGGGGUUUGCUAAAAGGGGUGGAGAUUUAUGCCUCCUUGACCGCAUAACGGGCUAUAUACAGAAUGUCCAGAAAGCAGAAUCGUCUGUCGCUGAGAUAACGUCUCAAAUUGAGAAGCUCAACGUAUCAUCCCCCCUUUCUUCUGAGCACAAGUUGGACACUGCAUUCUUGGAGGGCGCCAAGAUAUGUGCUGUAUUUAUGAAGGCAACUGCUAGCAUUGAGCGUGAAGCUACUGAGAGUGCUGAAAGUACCGAUCUUCAGCGGGUAAUAGAAAAGCUGCAGAGGGCCAUGGAGCGGCUACGACGUGCUGCAGUAAAGCUCUUGGAAAGCCAACGAGGGAAAGCGAAUAAUUGCUUGUUCGAUUUGUUGGAACCCAUCUCAGGGGCGCUCGAAAAAACGCUCGCGAAAGAGAAGUCGAAUGUGGAUAUUGCAACGUCCGCGCUGGACACUCUGUUUGUCCUCGCUCGCCACAAGCUCAAAAGCGCAGACCCAGAUACUUACAGCCCGUCGUUGGACUUGCUCAUGCGUAGCGCAAACCUCGUCGCAGCUGGUAGUAAUAUGGAAGAUAUAGACUCAGGACGACUUGAGAUACCGCUCUCAGCUCGCGCAAAUUACACACGAUGUAUCUCUGGCGCUUUUCAUAAUUUGGCUGGAACAUUAUACCAGGAUAGUAAAUAUGCAGGAGCGGUGAGGUUUCUGAAGCAGGCCUGUGCGUUGGGCGGCAGUGCGCUAAGGAUGAGAGCACAAGGUCUCACCAAGCAGCGCACGCCAAUUGAAGGUAAGACUAUAGAGGAUCGACCCAGCGAAGAAAAAGACCAAGAAGCUUGGAAGCAAUUGGAAGAACAGCUCACUAGACGAUGGGAGCUGCUUGGGAUUUGCUACACGAAAAUUGGCGAUCGUAAACUUGCGCACGAGUCGUUUGUCCAAUCCGUGAAAACGUUUCCUUAUGCAUCCUCAAAUUUUGUCCAACACGCUAAAAUAGCUGACUCGACUGGCGUCUUCGCUACAACACCAGCUCUCAAACAAAUUGGUAUUAUUAUAGAGAGGAUCUCAUACCUUGGAGCAUGUGAACUCUUCCUUGACGCUUCGUCUUUGUCUCUUAGACAGGCACUGUCUUCUGGGUCUUGGGACUUCGAUGCUGUAACGCAAGCGCAGAUAAUAGGCAUGGUCCUCGAGCGGCAAGUGGAAUGCCUGGAAUCAAGUCUGUGGAAGGACGACGUCAAAAGCGCUGUGAGGGCUUUGCUUGAAGAUGCACUAUGCAUUUACGAGAAGAGUCAGAUGCCUAUACGUAGAGCUAGGGUGUUGAUCAGAUGCUUAGAGUUUCUUUGGAAGGACAAUGGCAGCGCAACCAAGCGUGGCGGGAGCAUAAACUGGGAUAGCGAAGAGAUCGGAAGUGAAGCUUUGGUCCUGCUUUCUGUUGAGCAAUUGGGUGAAGACGAAGGUCAAGCCCCUUAUCGAAGCCAGUAUCGUGCCGCUGCUUGCUUUUGGCUCAGCCUCCUAGCCUAUCGUGAACCAAAUUGUCAAACCUCUCUUGUGACACACCAUGCCGAGGAAGGCUGCAAAUUUUUGAAGGCGAUGAUACAGCCAGCUGUCAGCGAGCCAAGUCCAAAAGCCAAAAGGGUAUCAGGACCUCUGAAGAAGUCCCCAAAGCAAACAACGACGCUUAGAAAAAAUCACGCUAGAACUGCAAGUGUUCGGCAGACGAAAGCUAAACCUACAAGAGGUGCCGCCCGAGAUCCUAUCACGCCUCAGCCUCGCAAAGCUCUUGAAAAACUGUCAACGAACGCUUCAAAAGUGGCGCACGCAACUGUUGGCGAGACCACCAACGCGAUAAAAUUUCAAAGUGUUGACAAGCUGUUGGAUCCCCUACAGAUGGUCAUACAGUUGCUCGGAUUACAUGGACUAGUUUUGUUAAAGGUCAAGCUGCUGGUAGUUGCAAGGCGUCUGUGCGAGCAACAAGCGUUCGGCUCAAAAGAUGCAUUUAUUUUAACGUCUGUGGAUCUCGCACAUGAACAUCUCAAACUCGGCAAAUUGAAACGAGCAAACGCAAUCUUCAACCAAUGUCUGAGUAUUAUUAAAACUAACGAUGUCUCCGAUGAUGUGCGCGUGCGGCUUCUAUUAAGAUAUGCAGAGGCACUGGCCAUAGCGGGGAAUGUCCUUGGAAGUGCAAGUUCCUACUGCGAAGCCCUGGGCUUAUCUGAGAGAUUAAUGAGCGAUGAAAAAGGAGUCCCCUCUGCACAGCGAAUACGAACUCGCGUUGGACGUCUCGAACGCGCAGCCAUGGCUUCCUAUGUAUUUUCCGUUAUCCAGUUUUCAAAGGAUAACGUUGUUUUAGCUAUGGAGUGUAUGUUACAGUCCCUUCGACUGUGGAAUCGAGCUAUAGACGCAUUGGCACGUCUCUACUCGAAUUCAUCGGCUACGAAAUCAACUUCGUCUGCAGAAGAUUCAAACCCAUUUGAGGUCCCUACGAAGGCUUCCACUCCAACAUCCGAAGGAGCAAGCGACGUUGCUUUGGAUCGGUCCAAGGUCAAAAAGAAUACAUAUUCUCGCCGUAUUCUUUUCGAUGGGAUGGAAUGGCGUAUGGCUGAAGGCCUCCUUUCGACGUUGUUUGCUCUCAUCCAGGCUUACUUUGCUCGAGGUUCCGCCAGGGAGGCGGAGUACUUCGCGCAGCAGGCUCACGAUAUGGCCGAGUCACUCAACACGCAAGCGAUGGCCAGCCGGGCUUUAGCCAGGAAAGGCGAGAUCCAGUUACACCAGGGUCAGAUCGAUACCGGGCACGAGAGCCUCUUGCGUGCUGCAGAAUUAUUAGCAGACUUGGAAGGGACUGAUGCUGCUGAUAUCAGACGUCUAAGGGGAGACUUUAGCCAGAUUAGUGGCGAGGAGAAAGACCCUCGACAGCUGUAUAAAGAAGCUGCUACGAUGAUUGCGGAGCUCGAGAAGAAUUUCGCCAGCUUGGAUGGUUCUACCAGCCCCCGGAAAUCGGGCGUAGGUUCUUCGCCUAGGCAUUCCAUCAGUGGAACGGCUCAGGAGACGGUAGUCCCGGUUUUACUUUCAGCGAUACUCCGUCAACACAUCUGGCUCCUACGCGACGAUGUCGAUGACGAAUACCAGGCGAUGCUCGAGAAACUCAUAGCUCUUCCCCCGUCUCCAGAAACCAAGGCAGAGGAAAAUGCGUUGAUGGGGAAACUCACUCUUCACGAUGUGUAUGGCCAAUUUAGAGCUGAUAUGUUCCUCAACUCUCUGGCAGAAUCGACUAUUUCGUUACCUGUGGGCAUGUCUGGAGAGAAAGCUCCAUCGUUUUCUGCUUCUACACAGGACAUCGUUUCGACGCUCGAUAAUGCAGAAGAGCUAUUCUGGGCAGACUUGAUACUGACAGCCCGACGAGGUAAGGUAUCUCAUGUCCGUAACGCGGCAGUCUCCCUCGCGAUCAUCAAGGCACUGCAAACCUCACUCGGAAAACCAGGGAAAGAAGGACCAGUGUUGGUUGCACGUCUUCUUGAUGCUUCUACUGCUAUUACGUUGCACCGCGAGAUCAUGGAGACAAUCCAACACAAGUUUCCUGAUGUACAGAGAUUUGAUGAUCUUCAGUGGCCAUUAAUGACACCGAACGGGUCUCCCCUCCCUCGACCCAUUGCACAGGCUGCAAAAACUCGACUACGUGCUCUGGAGGGAUCGGACGACGGAGAUAACGAUACUACCACAGAUGACAAAUCACUCAAGGAAUACUGGGAAGCUAUUCUUUCGAGAUACGAGUCGCAUACGUUGGAUACAGCAGCACUGUCGACCUCGCGAGUAGAUUCGCUCCCUGAUAACUGGACAGUUGUCAAUAUCACCAUUACAGAGGAUAAGAACACGAUGUUCGUCUGUCGGCAACGCGCACGAUCUGACCCUCUCAUAUUCUGUGUUCCCUUGAAAGGGAGGAGGGAAACGGACGACGACGAACAUCUAACAUUCGAUGACGCAUUGAACGAGUUGAAAGAAAUCAUCAGACUCAGUGAUCAGGGAACAAGACAGGCUGCUCACGUAAAAAAAGAUGACCAAAAGGCACGAACUGCAUGGUGGGCGGACCGGUCGGCUCUUGAUAAACGAAUGCAGGAGCUACUAGAGAACAUUGAGUACUGUUGGUUAGGUGCAUUCAAGACAAUUUUGAGCGAGCCGACGAAAAUACCUCGGGAUAUUAUCUCGGAUUUCAGGGCCCAUCUUGACCGUGUCUUCAAACGCAGCCUCCCUGCUCAAGACCGUAAACAGAAAUCGAAAGUCACCCUCGAUGAUAACCUCCUCGAGUGUUUCUCCACACUGUCGCCCAAGUGCAGAGAUGAGGAGCUGGAAGACCUCGUGUACUUCAUCCUUGACCUGUACCAGUUCCACGGCAUUCCAAUAGCAAUUUCCGAGGUCGACGUGGAUCAAGUAACAGUCGAUUUACGCACGGCGUUAGAGGAACACGCUGCGAGAGCGAAGGCAAGAGUCGUGCCAAAGCAAGAUAGCCACUUAUUUUUGGUUCUGGACAAGAAUGUGCAGGGCAUCCCUUGGGAGUCUAUUCCAAUUUUGCGAGGGAGGAGCGUUAGCCGGAUUCCUAACAUGGAGUGUUUGAUGGACAAGCUUCAGUUUGCGGAGUGGCAAAGAAGUCGCGGAGAGACGGCCAAUGAGGCAAUGGCCACUGAGAUAGGGACUAUUGACAGAGUGAAGGUCGACCCACGAAAGGCAUAUUACGUUCUCAACCCAAGCGGUGACCUCAAGGGAACUGAGGGCCGCUUUGCAAGCUGGCUAGGCAGCAUGCGUGAAGUAGGAUGGGAAGGCGUCAUUGGACGUCCCCCAAGUGAGCAGCAGUUCCUGGAUGCCUUAACAAGAAAAGACCUCGUGAUUUAUUUUGGACACGGUGGGGGAGAGCAGUAUGUGCGAUCACAUCGAAUUCGGCAUCUUCCUAGGUGCGCGGCGACCAUGCUCUGGGGUUGUUCCUCUGGAGCACUGAAGGACAUGGGGGACUUUGAUCGUGUGGGAACACCCUAUAAUUAUAUGCUGGCUGGUUGUCCGUCUUUGGUAGCCAACUUGUGGGACGUCACCGACCGCGACAUUGAUAAAUUCUCGCAGGUGGUGUUCGACAAAUUGCAGCUGACUGCUGAUGGUGUUCGGAAGAAUAAGGAAGGAGAACAGGGAGGGACAUCGUUGGUAGCUGCCGUGUCUCAAGCGCGAGACUCGUGCAAGCUGAGAUACCUGACUGGUGCUGCGCCUGUGGUGUAUGGGAUACCGUUCUACCUAUAGAAUGGGAUGUGUGUAGUGUAUUUUCUGUUAAUAGUGGGAUAGAAAGCUAUUCUAGAGUAUGUGCGGGUAAUUGAAUAUACAUGUGGAUAGGAUAAG